GCUUCGCUAUUUUUUUGUUGGUUUGAGUUAAACUAUUGUUAUUUUUUUGUUGAACUCGGCAAUUGUUAUGAAUACACAAUGGGGUGUUAAAAUGUGUGCCCAGCCAUGGAGUCGACAGAUAAGAACAAUGCUAUAAAGCUCUUUGUGGGGAACCUGGCGUUGGACACCUCUCAGGAGGACCUGACACAGCUCUUUGGGCCAUACGGACAGGUGGUCACCUGUAGUUUACUCAGGCAGUUUGCCUUCAUCCACCUUCAGGGAGAUGGUGCUGCUGAUCGAGCCAUAAGAGAACUGAAUGGACGGGAGUUCCGUGGCCGCAACCUAGUGGUUGAAGAGUCCCGCGGGCGGCCCCUGAACUCCACCAAGGUGUUUGUUGGGAACCUUAGUGCCAUGUGUUCUGCUGAGGACCUACAAGAGCUCUUUCAGACCUUUGGGAAAGUUCUGGAGUGUGAUAAGGUCAAAGCGAGGCUCUCUUCCUCGGCGGGCUAUGCCUUUGUGCACAUGGAGCGGAAGGAGGAUGCGCUGCAGGCUAUCGAGGCCCUCCAUGGUACCACCUUCAAAGGCCGACCCCUCUCUGUGGAGCUCUCCAAUGUGCAGCCCAGUAAACCCACCACGACUACAGCCAAGGUCCCCGUUAUGAGUCACUAUGCCACUGAAAGCCCCUCCAUCAACCCUCAUAUGGAGCACCACCAGAGUCAGGCUGCUGUUCUGGCUGCUGCCGUUGCUGCAGCUGCAGGUCUGCCUCUUCAGGUGCAGCAGAGCUUGCACAACUCUGUCUACAACACAACGAGCUUUGAUCCCACCUACGCUGCGCUAAAGGGCAUGACGGCAGCCAGCGCCACAGAUGGUACUCCAGUGAGCCCUGCGGUCUACGGUGCCCUCGCCAGCCAGGUAUACGGCUCUGUUGCGGAUCAGGUAUACGACUCUAUAGCCAACCAGGCCUCCGCCUAUCAGAGUUCAGCGACACCGGACGCAGAAGGUUACAGUAACCAGUACGACGGCGCAGCUGGGGAGGCAUCGUCAGCCCAGGCAGCUGGAAACCCGGCCUACGGCGGGGCCUCUGCUUUCUACAACGGUAGCUCCGCCUAUGGCUCCACAGGGGGUGCAGACCCCACUGCCCAGGCCAUCUUUGAGGCAGCACGGGCCCGCUUCUUCCAGCAGGGCCAGCAGGUUCUAGCUGAGCAGCAGGCGGGGACUAAGUCAGGGGACAGGGACCGCAGCCCCGUGCGGCGCUCCGCCCCUCUGCUGCCUGACCCCGUGCCCCAGCCCUUUCCCCAGCCACGCCCCAAACGCCGUGCCCUCCUCCCAACGCCACCCGGCCGACCAGAGGACCCUGCGGCUGCUGACGGAGACCCCAUUGCCAGAUGCUAUGCAGAGUACUAUCAGCAGGUCCAGCAGUACCAACAGUACCAGCAGUACCAACAACAGUACCAACAGUACCAGUAUGGCUACCCACCACCAGCCCCGACCCAGAUGCCCCCCACGAUGCCCACCCAUCAGAUGCCUGUGCAGGCCCCGCCCCCGACGGAGGCCCCGCCCCCAGGGCCUGCCACCUAUGCCCCAGCUAGAGCGUAUGAGCCACCUUCAUCACACAAGGAGCCCCUCCUCCGCCGCCCUGACUACUCCCACCUCCACAUGCCAGAGCCCCCCUACCGAUAACCCUUUAGAUUGCAGUGUGUGUGUGUGUGUGGGUUUUGAAUGUUGUGUGUGUGUGUGAGAGUAGUUCUGGUCCGACUGUGCAUCACUGCAAAGUGCCCAUUUAUAAGUCCCCUGUUCUGCAGCUUUUCGUAUCUGAACACAUUUCUAACUAGUUAAUUUGACUUUAUUGUAGGCCUGGUCUUGAUAAGAAAGCUGCCCCACAAAACAGUAAUCUGUAUUGGGAAGUCGUUAUGGUAGUUUCUUCUUGAUUGUGUUGCGUACUGGGUGCUCUUUAACUACAAGUAAUCCUUAUUCAUCCCCUACAUUUUAGUUUAGCAAAACAAAUUCUCAAAUUUGCAAGAAUAUUCAUCCAUACCAGAGGAGUGCCUUGUUAAAAGCCUAGCUGGAAUAUUUUGUCAAAUACAUUUGUGUGUGUGUGUGUGAGAGCAUGGAAAGGAAGUGCCCAAAUCAAUCCAUGCAUUUUGAUAGCAGGCUCUUGCCUCUAUCCUCGAGGUGACCUUUAGCUCCCCCAAAUUUAACCAUUAGUACACGUGUAUAGAUGAGAAUUUUUAUUUUUCCAUUGGCCAGAUUCCAUUUGUUUUUAUUUGUAUUGCCUUCAUCAAAGACUUACUAUGGAAAUUCAAUGUACCAAUAGGUUCCAGCGUAAUGUAGAUAUUUGGGUAAUAAAGUGGUUAUUGGGUUUA